GAGGCCCCGGCGGCGGCGCGGCCAUGGCGCGGUGGCGGGUGCCGGUGGUGGACGUGCAGAGCGACAACUUCCGCGAGCUGUGGCCGUCCAUGGUGCUGGCGCUGCGCUCCGCCACCUUCGUGGCCGUGGACACGGUGAGGCGGCGCGGGCCGGGCGCGGGGCCGGGCGCGGAGGCGGCGCGGGGCCCUGACGGUGUCUCCCCGCAGGAGCUGAGCGGCCUCGGCGCCAGGAAGUCGCUGCUUAACCCGUGCAUCGAAGAGCGGUACAAAGCCGUCUGCAGCGCGGCCAGGACCCGCUCCGUGCUGUCCCUUGGCGUCGCGUGUUUCAGGCAGCUCCCGGAGAAGCCCCAGCACACGUACCUGUGCCAGAUCUACAACCUGACGCUGCUCUGCAUGGAGGAUUAUAUCGUGGAGCCCCAGUCGGUGCAGUUCCUGGUGCAGCACGGCUUUGACUUCAACAAGCAGUACUCCCGGGGGAUCCCUUACCACAAAGGCAAUGAUAAGGGCAACGAGAACCAGAGCCAGAGCGUUCGCACCUUCUUCCUGGAGCUGAUCCGAGCGAGGAAGCCGCUGGUUCUGCACAACGGCCUCAUCGACCUGGUGUUCCUGUACCAGUGCUUCUACGCUCACCUCCCCGACAGCCUCGGCACCUUCACCGCCGACGUCUCAGAGAUGUUCCCGGCUGGAAUAUACGACACCAAAUACGCCUCAGAGUUUGAGACUCGCUUCGUAGCGUCCUACCUGGAGUACGCCUACAAGAAGUGCAAACGAGAUAACUGCAAGCUGAAGGACUCCAGCAGCCAGCACCUCAGCAUCGAGUUCUGCAGCUACCCUGCCAACGUGUCCCGCUACAUCGACUAUCGCCACUGCACUCUGGAGGAGGAAAGCCACAGCCUGGGAGGGGCAAAUAAGGUGCCUGUCUGUGAAAAGUUCUCGGCCUAUGGGUGGUGUCCAAAAGGGGUGAAGUGUCCAGAGUCUCAUAACAUUGACCUCAUAAUUGAUGAGGAUGACAAGUUGCGGGAGGAGAAGCGGAAGAAACGGAAGCACCGCUGGAAGCGUCGGAAGAACGCAGAAGCAGCUGCCGAGGUGCUGGGAGAGGAAAGCUCAGGGCAAGGAACAGAGCGAGCUCAGAAUGGGGAGGAGGGGCCACCCCAGAAACAGAGCUGCUAUGAGCCUGCAGCUGCUGCAGAGCUGUCAGAGGUCACACCCAACAGCCAGGGCAGGCCCCCAGAGGAGAACUCCAUGGACGUGGAAGCAGAGGUCACCAGCGCACAACGGGAAGAGGAUCUGGGGAGCACGGAAGGAACUGUUGCCCCAGUAGCAGCUGCUCUGAGCCCUUCUGCCAGGGGAAAUGCCUCUGACAGUGACCCAGCAGAGGAGAAGUCAGAGGUUACUGUUGAGGGGGGCUCAGUCAAUCAUCCAGACAUCCCUGAGACUGAAACAGCAUGUGCUGCAGAGAAAGCAAGCCCUGGUCCCCCUUCCCAGGGGGGCACCCACCGCGCUGGCUUUGAUGCAUUCAUGACUGGCUAUAUCAUGGCUUAUGUCUGGAUGCUCAAGAAAGAGAAAACCACAGACACGGAGCCUUGGCUGCCAGACUGCCACAAUAAACUGUACCUCAGUGGGAAAUCCAUGCCACUCCACAUAGCGAAGAGCUUGUUUUCUAAAUCAUCCAAAGCUCACAGCCAGAAGAUGAAGUUGGCCUGGGGCAGUGGAUAGAGCUGAGAGGACUCCUCACUGAACUGGGCUUUUUUUUACCCCUUAAGUUUUUAAGUUCUUUAUUCCAUCACAAACUGACCAGAAAGGGAGCAAGUUCCUUACCCUUGUUUUUGUUUUAACGUCUGACCCAUUAAAUUGCUCUC